AUUCUUCAAGGACCAGUUGCUCGGCCUGCUCCAGACACUGGAUAACAAGCUUUCGAGGGCCGCAACGAGCGCGAGCCCUUCGAAGAACACCGUGAGGAAUCCGAUGAUGAAAUGAUAACCACCUCAACCUCUGAAGAUGGAUACGAGGACCAAGAAUCCGAAGAUUCGCCCUGGGAGAUCUCUUCCGACUCCAGCCGGGAUCAUGAAACCGCUGGGCAGAGUGGUGAUAUGGCGCCGACAGCACAUACUUUGGACAACCCCAGAAGACCCACACCAAUUAUGAGCGAUGCUAUACCAUUGAAUCCCACCGUGGUGCUUCGCCGAACACCUAAUGCAGAGAUACCCCGCUUGCUAGAAUCCAUCAAGCUGACAAUUGCCUGUCUGUACCGGAUUCCCGUCCGCAAGCCAGCACCUCUCGACCGCCUCAAGCACAGGACUUCUAUCGAUUCUUCAUGCUAUCAGCAUUUCGAUGUCAUGCAUGUCAAAGAAAAGUUCCCCACCAUCAAUUCAGACCUGGCCACUCGACUAGGAAAGAUGAUUACGCGCCGCCGUCAAAUCCUAUACUACAGAGAAGCACACCAUCAGAGUCUAGAGACGGGUCGUGUUCAGCCUAAUCCAAAACCAGAAGCAAACCAGACCACUUUCCUCAAAAAGACGCUUAGUCUUACGGCCUCUAGCCAAGCGGCAAGCAGCCUCUUUUCUCUACGCUCCAAGGCUACUACCUUCUGACUUGGCGAUACGCUUGUAGGUCCGCAGGAAAAUCUUGACCCAACUGAGAUCUACGCAUCUUCACUUGUCGAGUCGAACUCCUCUGUCGCGUCCAGCUUCGCAGGGAACGAUUUACCAAUAAAAGUGCCGGCCCGCCCAAAAGGCCCCGAUGGAACCGAGCAGGUCCGGUUCGAAUGCCCUUACUGCCUAAUCACCAAGACGAUU